AUGAAUACAAUUACAGUGAUUCAUGUUGGUGAAGGGUGUACUGCAUUAACAACGGGAACAUUUUAUAACUUUGCGUCUCUUGUUGAUCUAUAUUUGCCAUCCACAUUACAGACAAUAACAGGAAGUGAUACUAACUACUGUUUUAAACUUGCAAACAUUUAUCUUCCAAGUGGUAGUAAUUAUCUUGAACUUGAUACUUAUGGUGCCUUAUAUACAAAAGGACUAGUUAAGCUCAUAAGGUUACCACCAAUGAAAACAUCAUUUGCUUUCUCAUCACAAACAACAACUAUCGGAGAAAGAUCUAUGCAAGGUUGUCGAAAGAUUUCAACACUUAAUAUUACAAAUUCUAUUACAUCUGUUGCAAAUAUGUACCUUUAUGAUUCAUAUUUUACAAAAAUAUAUAUUGAAACAGGUUCAUCACUUACAUCAAUUACAAAUUGGGGUCAUGCAUUUAAGCUCACAUAUAUUUUUAUUGCAAAAAGUGUUAUAUCUAUUGCUUCGGGUGCAUUUUCAUAUAAUUAUUUAUUGAAAACAAUUGAAUUUGAAACUGGAAGUGUAUUAACAACCAUUAAUUCAAAUGCAUUUUAUUUUACAGUAUUUGAAAAAUUUGUAUUCCCUCCAAACUGUACUACUAUUAGUUCAUAUUUGUUCAACUUAGUAACAACUCUUAAAUAUAUUUACAUUCCUGCUUCUUUGAUAAGUAUCAAUACCCAAGCAUUCACAGGAGCACAGAAUAUUCAGACAAUAGAAAUAGAUCCGAACAAUCCUGCUUAUACUGUUAUAUCACCAGCAACUCUAAUGCUUAAGGAUAUAUAUCCCACCUUCUUCAACAAACUUUACCAUUCCAGCUUCAGUCACUGA